UCGACAAAUACAACACAUAAUUGAAUAGUCUCUUUCUUCUUCUUUUCCUUCUUCUUCUUCUUCUUCUUCUUCUUCUUCUUUCUUUCUUUCUCUUUUCUGUUUCAAUUUGAAUUUAAGAAAAAAACUUUGAAUUAUUACAGCAACACAACAAACAAAAACUCCACGCGCCGCUCUUUCUUUCUUUCCAAAUCUGAAAUCUUACCGCCGCCACGCCGCCACCACCGUCGUCACCGCCGUCUUUAUGAAUCAAAGCAACCAUGGGCGGAGUAACGUCCUCGAUUGCUGCUAAGUUCGCUUUCUUCCCGCCGCAACCACCGUCGUACACAAUUACCGUUUCUGAAACUUCCACUGGAAAUGAUUCUCCGGCGACGAAGCUCUCGAUUCCGGAGGUUCCGAUGAAGGAGAACGUGGAUAUAGUGAAGCUUAAGACAAGGAGAGGAAACGAAAUCGCGGCGGUGUAUGUUAAGUACCAUAGACCUACAUGCACCAUGCUUUACUCUCAUGGAAAUGCCGCGGAUUUAGGUCAAAUGUUUGAACUCUUUGUUGAAUUGAGUAAUCGACUUCGCCUUAAUGUCAUGGGUUAUGAUUAUUCUGGUUAUGGACAGUCGACAGGGAAGCCAUCUGAAUAUAAUACAUACGCAGAUAUUGAAGCUGCCUAUAAAUGCCUGAAGGAGCAAUACGGGGUAAAAGAUGAACAAUUGAUAUUGUAUGGUCAAUCUGUUGGUAGUGGUCCCACACUUGAUCUUGCUUCAAGGAUAUCAGAAUUGAGAGCCGUUGUGUUGCAUAGUCCAAUUUUGUCAGGGCUGAGAGUACUAUACCCUGUAAAACGAACAUAUUGGUUUGAUAUUUACAAGAAUAUUGAUAAAGUUGGUAUGGUCAAAUGCCCUGUUUUGGUUAUCCAUGGUACAGCAGAUGAAGUUGUAGACGUGUCCCAUGGAAAACAGCUGUGGGAACUUUGCAAGGUAAAGUACGAACCCUUGUGGGUAAGUGGCGGUGGACAUUGUAAUCUUGAGCUUUACCCCGAGUUCAUUAAACACCUAAAGAAAUUUGUACAGACAGUUGGAAAACCUAAAGCAACUACUGCAAAUGGUUCUGAAAAGGAUAAUGUAGAAACUGAGAAUCAAGGCAACAAAGCUAGCAAAGAAUCAGAAACUGGAACUUCUAGUACUUCUGAAUUGAGUACAGAAAUUCCCGAAGCUUCUAGAAACAGUUUAGAUAGCCGGCUUAAAAAGUCUAAAAAACCUGACAAACCAGAAAAGUCUCGAAUGAGCACAGAUCAUGUUGAUAGAUUUAGGCGAAGAAAGGGGUUAGUUUGGUAGUCUCUCACAUGAACUGUGUCCAGGAUAACUUAUCCGCUCCUAUCCACUAUUCCACGGAUCUGACUGUCCAAUAGUCGGGAUUCUCUGCAUUCAUGCGGCUGGGAUGUCGUGGAUGUUUGGUCAAGAUCAUAACGUUCAAAUUUUAAGUUGAUAUUUUGAAUUAUAAAAUUAAAGUUAAACUAUGUAUUUUUUUUAGUUAUCUUUGAUCGUACGACCACUAAUGUCUCCGUCUGCAUGAAGAAUGCGGGAUCCUCUGAUUGCAAUGAAAGGCAAAUUCUCUACCCAUUAGGUAAUGAUGUCUGUUCUAAGGUGAAUAUGUUGAUUGAGUUUUCUGUACUUUAAAUGAUUCAAAGUAACAUGUGCAUUUUUAUGCAUUUUUAUGGCCUGUAAAAUCAACAUCUUGAUGUAGUAAAUGAAAUCAUUAAUGUAUUUUCUUUUGAUA